AAAUGCUGAUCACUCCAUCAUUGUAGACAAUGUCAUUCAAGGCUCCCUCGGCAGAACAUCAAGGUGGAAAACCAGAGUCAAGUGAGGCUCGGCAGCCAAGCGACAGGGUCGCGUCGGUGUUUCAAAAAUCCAUCGACGUCACAACCCUCGGCUUUCUUCCUUCCUCCAUCAACACUUCAACAUCACAACUCAACCACCGCAGGCUCUUGCGCAAAUCCAUCUCAGCCUCUCUCUCACCACAACGCAAACACCCACAAUGUCAGAAAACAUACCCGAAUCCAUCCCCACGCACCGCGACCCCCGCAGCGGCCAAGCAACAAAAAAACGCGCCCUCUCACCCCGAAGCAAACAAUCCGCACACCUCGAACACCUCUUCGCCUUUCCCGAAAAAGCCAUAACCUCCAGCACUUCCUCAAAAACCUCUUCUUCCUCAUUACCACCAGAGAUAGUCGCCAAUGUGCAAGGCUCCAGCGCUGGAGCAGGUAGUGGAGAAUUUCACGUGUACAAAGCGAGUAGGAGGAGAGAAUAUGAAAGAUUGAGAGCCAUGGAUGAGGAAAAGGAAAAGGAGGAGAGGGAUGGGGAGUUUGAGAUGAGGAAGAAAGAGCAAGAGGAAAGGGAUAGGGAAAAGACGGAGAAGAAUAGGGUUAAGAGGGAGAAAGCUAGGUUGAGGAAGGAGAAGGGGAAGGCUGGGAAGAACAAGGAGGAGGGGGGAGAGGGUGAGAGCAAGGGAGAUGUGGUGCAGAAGAAGGAGAAAUUUAAGCCUAAUGUGGCUGUUCAGAGAAACGGGCUGAAUGGAGAGGCUGAGGUUGGUCCUGCGGUGGAGGAGCAGGGGAUUGUGUUUUUGGAUGAGGAUUGAGAGGAAUCACGACGCAAACCAGUUGGUGACUGGAACUGCGCGAUAAUUGAGAGUCGACCGAGGCCUGUGAAUGUGGCACGCCUAUCGCACGUCGGAAGUCGUUAAGAGGACGUGGUUUUCAACGUCGCAACUGCAUCAUUCGACACUAUCAGCAUUCGCUGCUUGAUCAACACAGCAACAUAUUUAUCACUAUCCUUUGAAAGCCUUGGUCCGGCGAGAA